AUGUGCUGGUCGUCGGGAUGUACCAGCUGUGGCUCCAGUGACGGACGGCUGCACGAAUUCCUGAAGAAACGAACGAAGCCCCCUUACCCCGUCUAUAAUAAUUUGUCACGGUAUGAACAGCUGAAGAAGUACCACGAAUAUGCGAAGCAUAUCCCGACUCAGAAGGAAAAUCUGCCGUAUUUCUUCGUCUUCGACUGGGAACUGGACACGGAUUGGGCCGAAUGUGUCCACAUGUGGCUCAUGGAUCAUUGGCCCCUCUCUUUCGUCUUCGCUGCCCUCUACCUGAUCCUCGUGUUCUGGGGUCGGCACUGGAUGAGAAACCGGCCGGCCUGGGAGAUGAAGAAAUCCCUGAUCGCGUGGAAUCUUUUCCUCUCCGUCUUCAGCAUCCUCGGCGCUUCUCGAGCCAUACCGGAAUUCUACCACAGCAUUCGAGGGAAUUCCCUCUACUACUCGAUGUGCUUGGGGAAUCAUCUGAAGCACAACCCAGUGGUGGCAAAUUGGGGAAUCUUAUUCGCGAUCUCAAAGGUGAUUGAGCUGGGAGACACGGCAUUCAUCGUCCUAAGGAAGCAGCGUCUCCUUUUCCUCCAUUGGUACCACCACAUCACGGUGCUCCUAUACGCAUGGUUCUCCUGUGCCCAGGGGAUCCCCACGGCCCGGUACUUCGCCACUCUAAACUACACAGUCCAUGCACUCAUGUAUCCCUAUUACCUGGCCCGGGCGGCUAAGAUCCGCGUCCCUCGCCGCGUCGCCAUGUUCAUCACCCUCUUUCAACUCACCCAGAUGAUCUUCGGAGUAUACGCCAACGCCUACUCCUACUUCGCUAAGAAGGCCGGACUCCACUGCGAGACUCCGUGGGAAAACAUCUACGUUUCCGCCCUCAUGUACCUUUCCUAUUUCUUGCUCUUCUUAAAUUUCUUCAUCGAUGCCUACAUCAGACACGCCUUUAAGGGCAUGAAGAAUGCUGCGGCCCAGGGAAAGAGCGUCGGCGAGGAACUAGAAGAAUAUCUCAAAAUCAACUGA